UCACUGUGAUUUCUACACGUGUUUACGUGUGGAACGAUAAUAAUAUUAGAUUUAAUUAAAAUCUAAUGUAGUAAAAACCUCAAAAUGAGUUUAUACAACUUUAAAAAGAUAGCUGUGGUCCCCACGGCCAAGGACUUUAUCGAUAUAAUUCUUUCAAAAACACAACGGAAGACGCCUACAGUUGUGCACAAACACUACAAAAUUACUCGUAUACGAGCAUUUUAUAUGAGGAAAGUAAAGUUUACGCAACAAAAUUUUCAUGAUAGGCUCUCGAGAAUAAUACAGGAGUUCCCAAAACUCGACGAUGUGCACCCAUUCUACGCUGACUUGAUGAAUGUACUCUAUGAUAAGGACCAUUAUAAAUUGGGUCUCGGACAACUUAAUACAGCAAGACAUCUAAUAGACAAUGUGGCCAAGGAUUAUGUGCGGCUACUCAAGUUUGGAGACUCCCUGUAUCGCUGCAAACAGCUGAAAAGAGCAGCGCUCGGUCGCAUGGCUACCAUCAUGAAGCGUCAGGCUGCUAACCUCACAUAUCUUGAACAGGUCCGGCAACACUUGGCUAGGCUACCGUCAAUAGAUCCAUACACUAGAACUAUUAUUAUCUGUGGUUUUCCAAACGUCGGUAAAUCAAGUUUCAUCAACAAGAUAACUAGAGCAGAUGUCGAGGUCCAACCUUAUGCAUUCACAACAAAGAGUCUGUAUGUCGGCCACACAGACUACAAGUACUUGAGAUGGCAGGUAAUAGACACCCCAGGCAUCCUGGACCACCCACUGGAGGAGCGCAACGUGAUCGAGAUGCAGGCGGUGACGGCGCUGGCGCACCUGCGCGCCGCCGUGCUCUACUUCAUCGACCCCUCCGAGCAGUGCGGCCACAGCAUCGAGGAGCAGAUCUCGCUGUUUGACAGCAUCAAGCCGCUGUUCAGCAACAAGCCGCUGGUGGUGGUGCUCAACAAGGUGGACGUGGUGCAGCCCGAAGACCUGCCGCCCGCCAAGCGCGCCCUCAUACAGCAGCUGGAGGCCGCCUGCGCCGAGGAAAACCUGGUCAACGCGGACAGCAACUCUGAGCUGCGGAGCGUGCCGGUGCUGCGCAUGUCGACGGUGACCGAGGUGGGCGUGCAGGAGGUGAAGAUCGAGGCGUGCGAGCGGCUGCUCGGACACCGCGUCACAGAGAAGAUGCGCACUAAGAAGGUGGACGGCAUCCUGAACCGCCUGCACGUGUCGAUGCCGGCGCCGCGCGACGGUCGCGAGCGGCCGCCGGUGCUGCCGCCCGCCGUGCUCGCCAAGCGCCAGCAGAAGGCGGAGCGCGAGGCGCGCAAACGCAAGCUCGAGCGCGAGAUAGAGCUGGAGCAGGGCGACGACUACGUGCUCGACCUAAAGAAGAACUACAGCGAUAUCGCGGAGGAGGAGCGUCACGACGCCAUCCCGGAGUUCUGGGAAGGUCACAACGUGGCCGACUACAUCGACCCCGAGAUAUUCGACAAGCUGGCCGAGCUGGAGCGCGACGAGGCGCUGCGCGAGGCCGGCGGCAUGUACGCCGUGCCCAAGAUCGAGCUCGACGAGACCAUGCGAGAGAUCAGAGACCUCGCCAGGCAGAUACGCAACAAGAAGGCGGUGCUGAAGGACGAGUCGCUCCUCCGCAAGCAGUCGACCAAGCCCGUGAUGCCGCGCACGUCCCGCGCGCGCGGCCGCGACCGCACCGCCGACAAGCUGCGAGACGAGAUGGAGAAACUCGGUGUGGACAUGUCGGAGACGAAGUCGGCGCACUUCACGCGCGCGGACCGGUCGCGGUCGCGCUCGCAGUCAGCGGCGCCGGCCAAGCGCGCGCGCCUCGACGCCUCCGAGUCGCGCGCCCGCUCCGUCUCCCGCCCCGCCAGAGACACGCAGGGAGUCAAGGACGUCGCUAUGCAAAGGAAGGCGAAGAAGAUGGCGCACGUGGCCAUCUCGAAGAAGACCAAGAAGAUGGGUCUGAAGGGCGAGGCCGACCGCUUCAUCGGCACCAAGAUGCCCAAACAUCUGUUCGCCGGCAAACGCGGCGUCGGCAAGACGGACAGACGGUGAACAUCGUGCACUUGCAGAUCAUGAUAUACAUUAUUAUAUGCGUUACUGUA